GGUUACGAAAAUGUCGGAACGUUUGAUGAAUAUCCGAGUGAUGUUGACAUUUUUUUGGGUACUUCAAACGCCGAAUGGAAGAAUUAUUCACGAUUUUGUCAUUCACAGUAAAGGCAUGUUUAUAAAAUUUAGAAAAUGGAAAAAUCUGGAUUCCCUUCAAAGCAAGGACUAUAUGAUUCAAAAUUUGAAAAGGAUGCCUGUGGUGUUGGAUUUGUUGUUAAUAUGCAUGGUAUAACAUCACACAAGCUAAUCAGAGAUGCUGAAACCAUUUCUAAACGCUUGGAGCAUCGAGGAGCAUGUGCUUUUGAAAAUAAAAUUGGAGAUGGAGCUGGUAUAAUGUCAUCGAUUCCACAUGAAUUUUAUCUGAAGGAAUUACAGGACAAAUUAAGCAUACAACUACCACCUAAAGGAAAGUAUGCAACAGGAAUACUGUUUUUGCAUAUAUCAGAGGAAGAAGAAGUUAAAUUGGAAUUCCAGAAACUUGCAGAAAAAUUUUGUUUGCAGAUUUUAUGCUGGAGAAACAUUGAAGUCGAUAAUAGCUCUUUAGGAUCGAUGUCCAAAGCUACUGAACCACUUAUGCAGCAAGUCUUUAUAAAGGCCAAAGAUUUAAGUCCUGAACAUUUCAAACAAAAGCUGUACUUGCUUCGUAAAUAUGCCACCCAUCAUUUGCAAAACGUAUUUAGGCGAUUUUACAUUUGCAGUCUAUCUACUGAAAUUAUUGUUUACAAAGGUCAGCUAACAUCAACACAAUUAUGGGCAUAUUUUAAAGAUUUACAGAAUCCAGAAUAUAAAAGCUACCUUGCAAUAGUGCAUGCUCGUUUUUCUACGAAUACUUUUCCCACAUGGGAAAGAGCUCAUCCUUUAAGGUAUUUAGCUCAUAAUGGUGAAAUCAACACAUUGCAAGGAAAUGUGAAUCUUAUGAGAGCUCGAGAAGGUGUUAUGAAAAGCUCUAUUUACGGAGAGGAUUUGAAGAAACUUUAUCCAGUGGUAGAGCAGAAUAUGUCUGACUCUGGAAGUUUAGAUAAUGUUCUGGAAUUCCUUGUCAUGGCAGGUCAGCGCUCUUUGCCUGAAGCUGUUAUUACAAUGGUACCUGAAGCAUGGCAAAAAGAUAAACUAAUGCUGACUGACAAAAAGCACUUUUACCAAUGGAGUUCUUGUGUAAUGGAACCUUGGGAUGGUCCUGCUUUGGUUACCUUCACUGAUGGGCGUUAUAUUGGGGCUAUACUUGAUCGAAAUGGUCUUCGCCCAUCCCGUUACUACUUGACCGAAGAUAAUCAAGUCAUAAUGGCUAGUGAAGUUGGUGUAUUAGAUUUUGCAAAAGAAAAUAUCAAAUUAAAGGGUCGUUUGAGACCAGGACGAAUGAUACUUAUUGACACUGAAACUCAUACUUUCAAACGAGAUGAUGAAGUGAAAGUGCAAAUAGCACUUCAAAGGCCAUUAGAAAAAUGGUUGGAAGAAUUGAUUACCUUAGAAAAAUUGAAGUCAUGCUCAAAUGGCAGAAAACAUAAAGAAAGCUGUGCUGUGAGUAAUGUGAUGAGAGAUCGUCGUUUACCUCUGUUUGGUUAUACAAUAGAAUCCAUUUCCUUGUUGCUGUUACCAAUGAUUCAAACAGGGAAAGAAGCUUUGGGUUCAAUGGGAAAUGAUGCUCCUCUUGCUUGUUUAUCUCAAUAUCAACCACUGUUGUAUGAGUAUUUUAAACAGCGCUUUGCACAAGUCACAAACCCACCAAUUGAUCCUUUCAGGGAAGAUAUUGUUUUAUCUUUGGCUUGCCCAAUUGGUCCUUCUUUCAACAUGCUUCAACCAAGUUCCAAACAGUGUCAAAGAUUGUGGCUUGAGCAACCUAUUUUAACCCUACAGGAUAUGGCUGCUUUAAAAAACACUGCUUAUAAAGGUUGGAAAACAAAGAUAAUUGAUAUUGUCUACCCUGUGGAGCAGGGAGCAAAAGGUCUUUUUGUUGCUUUAGAUAGGAUAUGCAUGGAAGCAUGUGCAGCUGCGAAAGAAGAUUAUAGUCUUGUUGUACUAUCAGACAGAAAAUGUGAUAAAUACAAUGUGCCUGUUAGUUCUCUAUUAGCUCUGGGAGCUGUGCAUCAUUAUUUAAUUACAGAGCGUCAACGAAUGAAAGUUGGAUUGAUUGUAGAAACUGCUGAAGCAAGAGAGGUUCAUCAUAUAUGUGUUUUACUUGGAUAUGGUGCAGAUGCUGUGUGUCCUUAUUUGGUGUAUGAAAUUGCUUUUAGUUUGAAUUUAGAAGCUCCAUUUAAUCCAAAGAUUGAUAUCAAUGACAUUGAAUCUAACUAUAUUAAAGCAUUAAAUACUGGCAUUUCAAAGGUUAUGACAAAAAUGGGAAUAUCUACUCUUCAAAGUUACAAAGGUGCUCAGAUUUUUGAAGCUUUAGGUUUAGAUGAAGAAGUUAUUGAUAAAUGCUUUAAGAAUACACCCUCGAGGAUCGGCGGUGCUACUUUUGAAAUACUUGCUUUAGAAACACUUCAGCGACAUCAUCUAGCUUUUUCACAUCGAAAUGGAGAUAAUGAUAUUCUAAGGAAUCCUGGAUUUUAUCAUUGGAGAGCUGGAGGAGAAGCGCAUGUGAAUGAUCCCAAAAGUAUUGCAAAUUUGCAGGAAGCUGCUAGAAUGAAGUCUCAGAAAGCCUAUGAUCGAUUUGUUGAAAGCACAAUGAGAAGCAUUAGAGAUUGUACUCUUAGAGGACAGUUUGAUUUUAAAUUUUUUCCAAAAGCCAUUUCACUUGCAGAAGUGGAACCUGCUGCAGAAAUCGUGAAAAGAUUUGUAACAGGUGCUAUGAGCUUAGGAAGUAUCUCUAUUGAGACUCAUGAAACUUUAGCCAUUUCGAUGAAUCGAAUUGGUGGGAAAUCUAAUACAGGUGAAGGAGGAGAAACAGCUGAGAGAUGGAAGAGCAUAGACCCUUUGAGCAAUAAACGUUCAGCCAUUAAACAAGUAGCAUCUGGAAGAUUUGGUGUGACAAUUGGAUACUUAGCAAAUUCUGAUGAAAUUCAAAUUAAAAUGGCACAAGGGGCAAAACCUGGUGAAGGUGGCGAGCUUCCAGGGCAUAAGGUUACGGAAGAAAUAGCUGCCACUCGUCAUUCUACUCCUGGAGUUGGACUUAUAAGUCCACCUCCUCAUCACGAUAUCUAUUCGAUUGAAGAUUUGGCAGAACUGAUUUAUGAUUUGAAGUGUGCAAAUCCAACAGCUCGUAUAUCAGUGAAACUUGUAUCUGAAGUUGGAGUUGGCAUUGUCUCUUCAGGUGUUGCCAAGGCAAAAGCUGAACAUAUUACUAUUUCUGGACAUGAUGGUGGUACAGGAGCGAGUAGUUGGACUGGAAUAAAAGGAGCAGGGCUGCCCUGGGAACUAGGAAUAGCAGAAACACAUCAGACUCUAGUUUUAAAUGAUCUCCGUUCACAUGUAAUCCUUCAAGCUGAUGGGCAGCUGAGAACAGGUUUUGACGUACUAGUUGCAGCCUUAUUAGGUGCGGAUGAAUUCGGUUUUUCUACAACACCUUUAAUUGCUUUGGGGUGUACUAUGAUGCGGAAAUGCCAUCUGAAUACUUGUCCAGUGGGAAUCGCUACUCAGGAUCCUGUUUUGCGAAAAAAGUUUUCUGGUAUGCCAGAGCAUGUGAUCAAUUAUUUUUUCUUUUUAGCUGAAGAGGUAAGAUCAUACAUGGCAAAAUUGCAUGUAAGGAAGUUUCAAGAUCUAAUUGGAAGAGCAGAUUUGCUGAAAGUUGUCAGAAACCCAAAAAACCAAAAAUCUUUGCAUUUAGAUUUUUCUUCUUUGCUUUUGCAUGCUAAAUCUUUGAGGGAUCCUACACUUCCUAUAGUUGGCGGAAGCAUAUCUCAGAAUUUUGAAUUGGGCAAAAGAUUGGAUGUGAAAUUGAUUGAAAAGUAUAAUGAAAUAUGGGGAAAACAUUCAGCAAAUGAUAAAAAGAAAACUUUAUUCUUGUCUUUUGAUAUAACUAAUCAAGAUCGGACAUUUGGAACAACUUUAAGUUAUUAUAUCGCCAAACAAUUUGGGGACUCUGGUUUGCCUGAAAAUUCUAUUAAUAUUUUAGUUAAAGGAUCAGCUGGUCAAAGUUUCUGUUCUUUUCUAAUCAAAGGUAUUUCUGUUCGACUAGAAGGUGAUGCUAAUGAUUAUGUUGGGAAGGGAUUGAGUGGUGCAGAAGUAAUUUUAUAUCCUCCAAAAGGCAUGCCUCCUCACUUUCGGUCAGAGCUUAAUGUCAUUGCAGGUAAUGCUUGUUUGUAUGGUGCUACUUCUGGAAAGGCAUUUUUUAGAGGAAUCGUGGCUGAAAGAUUUGCUGUUCGAAAUUCCGGAGCUUAUGCCAUAAAUGAAGGUGUUGGAGACCAUGGCUGUGAAUACAUGACUGGUGGAAAGGUAGUAGUCCUAGGUUUAACUGGACGGAACUUUGCCGCAGGAAUGUCAGGUGGAAUUGCUUUUGUGUUAAACAAAGGUGGUAAUUUUGAGACUCUUUGCAAUAAGGACACAGUUGAUCUCAUGGAAGUGACUGAGAAAGAGGAUAUGGAAUUUUUGCAAAGUUUCAUUAGAGAAUUUUGGGAAAAAACAGAAUCGGAUGUUGCAAAGUCUGUCUUAGAUUCGUGGCCGACUUCAGUAAAAAUGUUUAUCAAGGUUUUUCCUAAAGAUUAUCAAAGAGCACUUAAAGAAGCUAGUCUAAAACUGAAGACUCUAUCAGUGAACAAAAAUGAAAUAAUACCAGAAGAAAAGAAAAUUCAAGACAUUGAAGAUAUUUUAGGCAAAGAUGGAAUUGUUGAUAAAACAAAGGGUUUCAUCAAAUAUGAGCGUGAGAAAUCAAAUUACAGACCACCAGAGGAAAGAAUUUUAGACUAUAAUGAAAUUUAUGACCAUAAAUCUGUAUUCAAAACUCUUAAAGUCCAAGCAGCUAGAUGUAUGGAUUGUGGUGUUCCUUUCUGUCAAUCUAGUUCUGGCUGCCCACUUGGUAAUAUUAUUCCAAAAUGGAAUGAUUUGGUCUAUAAGGGUAAUUGGAAAGAAGCUUUGGAACAACUGUUACUUACCAAUAAUUUUCCUGAAUUUACAGGAAGAGUUUGCCCAGCACCUUGUGAGUCUGCUUGUGUUUUAUCCCUGAUAGAACCAGCAGUUACUAUUAAAAAUAUAGAAUGUGCAAUAAUUGAAAAAGCUUUCCAAGAAGGAUGGAUGAUUGCUAAUCCACCUGUUACUCGAAGCAAGUUCAGAGUAGCAGUUGUUGGUAGUGGACCGGCUGGUUUAGCUGCUGCUGCACAACUGAAUAAAGCUGGCCAUAAUGUUACAGUGUUUGAAAAAAACAGAAAACUUGGAGGUUUACUGAGAUAUGGAAUUCCAACUAUGAAACUAAGCCAAGAGAUUAUUGAUAGAAGAUUAAAGCUGAUGAAAGAUGAAGGAAUUCAGUUUUUGACUAAUCAGAAUGUUGGACAAAAUCUAAGCUUAGAACAUCUGUUUUCUUACGAUGCUAUUUUGAUUGCAAUAGGAUCUACUAAGCCAAGAUCUCUGCCUAUUUCAGGCCAUCAUCUAAAGAACAUUUACUUUGCAAUGGAUUAUUUGGAAGAAGCUCAGAAAUGUCAAGAAGAUGGAGACAAUGCUCCUGGUAAAGCAUAUGAUAAAGAUGUUAUAGUCAUUGGAGGUGGGGAUACAGGUGUUGAUUGUAUAGCAACUGCAGUAAGACAGGGUGCCAAAAGUGUAACUACUUUGGAAUUGCUGAAUAAACCACCCCAUUCCAGACCUGUGGGUAAUUUGUGGCCUCAACUUUCAAGGGCAUGCAAAGUGGAAUAUGGCCAUGCUGAUGUGAAAGCCAAAUUUGGUGCAGAUCCUAGACAGUACAACUUAUUACCAAAAGAGUUUCUUGGAGACAGCUCUGGGAAUGUUUCUGGCAUUCUUACAGAGAAUGUAGAAUGGAAAAGAGAUGCCACAGGACGUUGGGAGGCUAAGGAAAGUAAUUCAGAGAAGAUAUUAAAAGCAGAUCUUGUACUUCUAGCUUUAGGAUAUCUUGGUCCAGAAACUGAUUUAUUAGAUUCCCUGAAAAUCAAAUUGAAUUUGAGAUCUAACAUUGAAACGCCGAGAGGUUCAUAUCAUACAUCUAUUCCGAGAGUUUAUGCUGCAGGAGAUUGCCGCAUGGGUCAGUCACUAGUAGUGAAUGCUAUUGCUGAAGGGCGGCAAGCAGCUAGACAGAUAGAUGAAGAUCUCAUGAACAGUUCCUGCUUAGCUGGGCCUGGUGGUGUCAUUCCUCUAGUGGUACAAGCUGGAGCUGCUUAAUCCAUGUUCCUGUGAAAGGAAAUUUUAUUGUACAUAUAGACAAUUUAAAAACAAAGAAUGCUUAAAUUUUUGAUGAGAAGGUUAUCCUUCAUUCUAAUUGUUCAUGAAUUUAUUUGAAAUAAAAUGGAAAACUAAAUACAAUAUAACUUCAUUAAAUAUUUAUCAUCACAACUUGUAUUUAAAUGAAUUAUUUAUUAUCUAAAUAUGUUCAAAUAUAAGAUUUUUUUAAAUGUUAAAUCAGUCAGUUAUCAACAAAAAUUAAGGUUAGUGCUGUAUAACCGCAAUUUAAAUGAUUUAAUAUAAAAUUUUGUUCAUGUUUGUAUUUAAAAGUACAUUAUUUAUAUGCUUCAUUUUCUGUAGUGCAAGAAAUAGGAUUUGUAUGUGGUUCAUCAAAAUGUCUUUUAAAUUUUUAUUUUUGCUAACAAUUAAAGAGUUCUUUUCCUUCAAUUUGCAUUAACAGCAAUUGCUUUUAUUUAGAAUUAUUAUAGAUAAUUUAUCUGUGAUUAUUAUACAUAAUUAAUAAUUUAUAAUUGAUUAUAAAUUAUUUUUAACUAAUUGUCUGAGGUUACCAGGAAUAUUGAUUAUAUUUGCUUACAGAAUAAUCAUUUAGAUGUAACUUCAUGUUCAUGAUUUCGCUAAAUUGUUUGACAUUAAAACAGUGUUUUCAUUGUCCUACUUACUCUAUGUAUUGUGUACAUUACUUUUUGUAAUGGAGACUGUUCGCAUAGCAAAAUUAUUCUGUUAAAAACGUAAAUAUCUGUUUUAUCUGUCUUCAAAAUUUGGCAAUAUUAUAACUUCACUUUUUUUAUAUCUCUCAUAAACUAUGUAGAUAUUAAACUGGAACCUGCUUUCAACAAUGGUAGAAAGAUCACAUGGUUGAGUAUUUGAGGAAGCAAUAAAAAUGGUUUGAAUUUCAGAGCAACUGUGUUAUCUGCUGUUAAAAAUUAGAAUUUUUUUUUAAUGUCAAAAAUUAACAGAAAUUCGCAUGGCUGAUAAAUUGAUAUUGUUAGAAGGUAAUUUUUAAAAUUUUACAACAGUGUAAAAUUUAUUUUUGUGUAGUGAUAUUUUUGGAAGUUAUUGCAAAAAAGCAUCAAAAUCUAGUUUAUUUUUUAAUUAAUUAAAAAUCUAAUUAAAAUUUUAAAAAAAAAGCACUCAAAGCGGCACAUUCCCAUUCUCCAAAAUAUAUAUGUGCCAAAUUUGGUAAUGGUAGGUCAAACCGAUCUGGCUUGUAGAGCACCAAAACACACCCACACAUUCAUUUUUAUUAUUAGCAUAUAAUAUGAGUAAUGUUUUUUUAUUACCACAGUUGUUGCAAAUUGUAGAGUAAUGUUGUGUUUCUUGGGCCCUUUUUCUUCUGUUGUGAGUUUAUUGAAAUUUUCUUUCAACAGGGCUUUUCUUAUUAAUAUUUUGACACUUGACUCUCGACUUUAGGUUUUCAUUUGCACAAUAAUUAAUAAGAAAAGUUUGAAUUGAAACGUAUAUAAAUACAUUUUAAGAGGAAAAAAUUGUUGAUAACAUGGUUCAAUAUUAAUUUUUUAAGCAAAAUUAUUUUGCGUAUUUUUAUAAAGUAUUAAUUGAUAAAAUAUUUCAGAGUAUAAAAUCUGAGCAAUGAAUUUAGACCAUGAAAAAUCUAAUAACAGGUUUCCCACAAUCUUUAAAAGUCCUGAAAACUGCUUGAAUUUUGUUUUGCUUCACUGGCUUUUGCAAAAGUACUUUAUUUUUUCUUUGAGUUUUGAAAAGUUAAAAAAAAAAAAAAAUGUGCAUUCAUUAUUUUUUUGUGAGAGAAGAAGCCAGUUUUCGAUUUGGUUUUAUUUUGAGAAUUCUUGUAAUGAAAAAAAAUGAUGUUGUGGGAAUGCUGUCAAAAAGCUAUAUUUAUAUAUUUACUUUCUAUGCAAUUUGC